AUGUUCCAGUCGCUGAAUCAUCCAGCUGUCCAGCUGCAGCAGCAGCAGUAGAACCCGCUUCUCCAGUACCUCCUGCAGCAGAGCAGCUCCAGGAGGCCCCCGGGGGGCCAGCAGCGGAUCCUGGAGACCCCAGAAACGAAAGCGCUGAAGGAGGCUCCGACCCCCAGGACAUCUCUGAAGAACGGUCGCACAGCACGGGAACUGGACCUCUUCCUACAGCUCUGGGUGAGUGUGCCGCUGCAGCGACUACAUCAGAGGUCAUCUACGACGAUGUUCCGUGUGAGGACGCCGUCUGCCCCGCUGAAGCAGACAUGAUCUACGAAGACGUUCAGAGAGACAACGGCGCUCUGCAGGCAGACAACGGCUGGAGCUCCAGCGAGUUCGAGAGCUACGACGAGCACUCGGAUAAUGAGGCCAAGCUGCCCGCGAGGAGCAAGCUCCCUCCUGAAGUGUGUCGGCUGAGGGAACGCUGUGCCCGGACCCGGCGUGAGCUGGCCAUGCGGCUGUCGGGAAGGCACGACUGUGACAUGAAGGUUCAGCAGCUCAUGAAGGCAGCGAGGAGCGGAACCAAGGAUGGGCUGGAACGGACCAAAAUAGCCGUCAUGAGAAAAGUUCCCUUCCUGCAGAGAAGAGACCAGAUCGAGGAGGAGGACGACGCUGGAUAUCUGGACGUGGUGGUGUCGGAAGGAAAGCAUCCGCCUCCACAGCUGAGCCCGAUGCCAGAGGGGCUGACCAGCCACCAGGUUGUCAGGCGCCAUAUUCUGGGCUCCAUCAUUCAGAGCGAGCGGAGCUACCUGGAGUCUCUCAGGAGAAUCUCACAGGAGUACCACAGACCCCUGAUGGAGGCUGAUCCCCGCAUCCUGAGCCCGCGGAAGAUCCGACCCAUCUUCUACCGAGUCCGUGAGAUCACACAGUGCCACUCCAUGUUUCAGAUUGCGCUGACGUCCCGCGUGGCUGAGUGGGACGCCAAUGAGAAAAUCGGAGACUUAUUUGUGGCCUCGUUUUCCAAAUCCAUGGUGCUGGAUGUGUACAGCGAUUACGUGAACAACUUCACCAACGCCAUGGCUCUCAUCAAGAAGGCCUGCAUGUCCAAACCCGCUUUUCUGGAGUUUCUGAAGAAGAAGCAGGCCUCCAGCGUGGACCGCAUCACUCUGUACGGCCUGAUGGUUAAGCCCAUCCAGCGAUUCCCACAGUUCAUUUUGCUACUGCAGGACAUGCUGAAGAACACCCCCAAAGGCCACGUGGACCGCCUUCCCCUGCAGCUCGCCCUGACCGAGCUGGAGAUGCUGGCCGAGAAGCUGAACGAACAGAAACGGAUCGCCGACCAGAUAGCAGAGACCCAACAGCUGGCCCGCAGCGUCAGUGACCGCCUCCUCAGCAAGCAACUGAACUCGGAGCAGGGGUCGCUGGUCCUCUGUGAGACGCUUAUUGAGACGGUGUACGGCGAGCGGGGACAAGUCCUGAAGUCGAAGGAGAGAAAAGUCUUCCUGUUUGAUGAUGUGCUCAUCUGUGCCAACAUAAAUGUCAAAGGUCCUCCAGACAUCAGCAGUCUGGUGCCCGUGGGGCCCAAGUACACCAUGAAGUGGAGCGCGGCCCUGCAGCAGGUGCAGGUGGUGGAGGUGGGGCAGGAGGGCUCUCAGAACAAAGAUGCCUUGUUUCAGCAGAGUGGGGCGAAGAGGCCAAGUACCGCCUGCGCCUCAGGGAAAACUCUUCUGGGCCCUCCACGACUCUACCAGGAGCUGCAGGAGCUGCAGCACGACCUUUCAGUGGUGGAAGAGGUGACUCUGCUCGUGGGCACGCUGCAGGGAACAUACCAGAACCUGAACACCACUGUGGCGCAGGACUGGUGUCUGGCUCUGCAGAGGCUUAUCCGCAUCAAAGAAGAACAGAUCCAGUGCGCUAACAAAUGUCGCUUACGCCUGCAGGUACCUGGAAGGCCAGACAAGUCUGGACGUCCCGUCAGUUUCAUGGUGGUCUUCAACACUCCCAACCCCCUCAGUAAGAUCUCCUGGGUCAACCGGCUGCAUUUGGCCAAGAUUGCACAGCGAGGGGAGAAUUCCCCCGGAUGGUUGUAUGGAGAGGAUGAAGGGAAGACGAUAUCGUCGUUCUCCAGCCCGCUGCUCGUCUGUCACAUGCCCGUCUUUGCCACCAAGUCUGCAGAAAGAAAACUUGAAACUGCCCUCCACAGCCCGGUUCACUGCUCCCUGCUGGGCUUCUCUGCUGCCAGUACCUCCUUACCUCAAGGAUACUUCUGGGUGGUCGGAGGAGGAGAAGACUCUCAGGGCCACAUCGAGAUAUUUUCUCUGAACAGGCCGGCGCCCAGGCCUGUGAAGAGCCUGCAGGUGGGCUCGGCCGUGCGAUGCCUGGAGUACGUCCCUGCUCCUUCUCGGACGGAGGACUUAGAGGCGGGAGGGCCGAGGGCGGCCUCGGUGAGCGCCGCCACCAUCUGUCUUGGAUUGGAUGACGGCCGCAUUCUGGUUUAUGGAAGUUUGGACACGGCGGCACAAUGUCUGCUGACCCUCCACAGCCCAGAGGGCCGUCCCGUGCUGUGCCUGAAGCACGCCUCUGGCUCGCUGUUCGCCGGGCUGCAGAGCGGGGUCGUCAUCGUUUAUGGAAGAAAUCAAGAUGAGGACCUGUGGGACUCGGACUCGCAUCGGUGCAUUAGCCUGGGUUCAGAACCCGUUCGGACCAUGCUGGUGCUGGAUGAUGUCGUCUGGGCAAGUUGUGGGAAUUCCGUGGUAACUGUCGAUGUUUCCAGUUUAGCAACACAGAAAUUUGAAGUCCAUUCAGACGUGGCAGUCAGCGUUGCACACAUGGCCUGUGCUGGUGGAGGCGUGUGGAUGGCGUUCUCAGAGGGAUCCUCCAUCCGUCUCUUUCACACGGAAACUCUGGAGCUGCUGCAGGAAAUCAACAUCUCCACGCGCUCAUCUCUGCUGAACGCUGGUACGGCUGGUACUGGUCAGAAGAGCACGCGGGUCACCAGUCUCCUCAUUUGUCAGGGGCUUCUGUGGGUUGGUACAGCCCAAGGCACAAUCAUCACUCUUCCUGUUCCCAAAUUGGAGGGGAUCCCCAAAAUAACAGGAAAAGGGAUGAUCUCUCUGAACGCUCACUGCGGACCCGUCGACUUCCUCGUGGCCGCGUCCAGCACGCUUUCUCCUGACCUGCUAAAGAGGGAUUCCUUUGGGGAGAGUCCAGACUCCGCCUGCGGCGGGGAGGACCACAGCGACUCCUCCUCCCAGGAGUCCCUGCAACAGUCUUACAAAGGGGAGGAGAAAGCCAAAAGGCGCGGCGUUCUGCUGCAGUACAAGCUGCGGUCCACGUCCGGCCUACCCGGCUGGCCUUUAACGGCGCAGAGUGAUGAGGCGUCCGAAUCCUCACUGGAGUCUCUGGAGCACAGUGUGGAGGACGGGUCCAUCUACGGGCUCAGCGACGACCCAGAAAUAUGGGUCCGAGGCCACUCCUGUGAGAGGGACGGGGCCCGCAAAGACCGUGUGACCUCAGCCGCCGUCAUAUCCGGGGGAAAAGGCUUUCGCCGACUGAAGGGAGGGGCUUCAGGUACCAGAACAGGUGGAGACUGUCUAGAAAAUAUUCUGAUGGUGUGGCAGCUCCCUCUGACUGUAUGAUGCAGGGAACAGACUUCAGGAGGGUUUACCUUGAAUGACCUCCUCCAUAAAUUCAGGGGAUUGGAGGAGAUGAUGAGGGGGCGACGGCGCUGCGGCGGAGCUCGUCACCGUGUCAUUUACCCCGGGGGAAAAGGAAGCGCAGACAUGCUGUUUAUGACAGGCGCUGUCAGCUCAAAGGAAGGCUCUGGAUGGCGUGUCAUCAUCCUGCCGGGGGGGCAGAGGUCGCCACAGACGCGUUCCAUGUCAUCCCUCUCAUCGGGCCCCUCCCCCGCCUCAGCAAAGACUGAUAUAUCUCACGUUCACUUCAUCAAACCAGAGUGUGCCCCCCAUGAACCCUUUUGUUCCAUGUGCAACAUUUCCACGAUGGACGUUUCUGGCAGGAAGAUUCUGAAAUGGAAGCAUGGCAGGAAAAGUUGCAUCCAGCUGAAACAGAUUCCAGCUGCAUCACAGAGCAUCCUCAUCCUUUCUGCCCUUUUUAAAAUCCCAUAAAAUGUGAAUGUGUAACACCUUAUUCUGUAUCUCAGAUGAGCUCUGUGGAAAAAGGAAGAAAAAAAGCUGCAUUUCAAUCGAGUUGUUUCCAAAAACUGUCCUUGUUUGGCUUUUGGGGUCAGAUUAAUACAGAUUUUAUGCAAGAAUAUUGCAAACCAAUUAAUUUGGAAUCUCUAUUUGCUGUCUUAAGUUAGUGUAAUUAUUUCAGAUGUAUCAGAUCAAAUGAGAUUUCUCUGUGCCAGAUUUCAGAGCAGCAUCUUCCCGAGCACCGUAAGGCUAAACGCCAGAGAUCUGCUUCAUUAUUCAUCAUCAUCUGUCAGCGAGAUAGAAUAAAUAUACUUACAGACUUGUUAAUACUCAACUCACUUUAGCUGGAAACCCCAGUCAGCAAUCUGAAGCUUGAUUUGAGUAAAUGAUAUAAUUAAAGCUCUGCAGACAUUUCAGCUGCUGGCGGUUUGAAGCAGGAAGACCUUCUCCACACCGACGGCACGGGAAACAUGCAGGAGGAGUCUGACUGAAGAGCUGAUUUACUAAACAUGGGGAAAUUCUGCGUCUUUUUGAAUUACAAAGGUCAUCAAGUUAGUGUGAAGCACUGAAUCCUAAUGCUGCGUUCACAACGAACACGAUUUGCACAUCAAAUUUGCAUCCAACGCCUCUUUCAAUUGAUUUUUAAAAGCUCUACUAAAUCAUCGGAAAUCCCAUCUCUAUGUCUGCAUUCAUCAGAUCAUUCAGAGACUCUCCUGGUACGAUGAGCUACACCAUCCACUCCAGGAGCAUUGACGGCGCUUUCAGCGGAACUUCCGUCUUUCUGUGACCCAGUUUGACGACUUCCUGUCCCGCAUCGCUCAGAGGAUAGAAAAAUAAUAAAAAUAACAUUAGAGGAACUUUUUAGUAUUGGCUCCACACAGAUAUAAAAAAUACCAUCAAAUUUAGCAACAAUCGGAUUCCCCUCCAUGCUGGUUUUAGGCUCCACCCACUGAUCACUUCAUCAACACGUCAUGUGCCACAACUGAGCUUCUGAUUGGUUGAUGAAAAUCAUUUCUUUACCAAAGUUUAGAUUUUCAAACUCUGAAAACAUCAUGUUGCGAUGCCCCAAAUCCUGCCGUAAGACGUCUUAUCAUCAGUACAUUGAGCUAACAUUGAAACUGGACUCCGAGGGGGGAGGGGGACCUGGCUGCAGAAAAAUGGCGCCCAGACAUCACUGGUCAAAAGUGAAAAUUCCAUAAGUUUUCAAAAUUGUUGCACCUUUUAUUAAAACUUUUUAGUGUGAAUCAACUGUAGAUUGUGCAAGAUGAACUUAAUUUAGAGCAAAUUUUACUUCUUCCAAAAUGGAUUUAAAUAAAAAUGUUCAGAUUGUAAAACUGUAGAUCAGGAUUCUCAAACUCAGUUUAUCUCAGGUCCACUGAAGGCAGAGUCUGGCUGAGGUUGGGCUGUAUGGGGUUCCAUUUGUGCCAAAAAUGCGUCUUUGGUCCAUUAUUUAUGUCUACUGAACAAGUUUAUUGAACAUUGUUCAUGUCUAUGUACUACUAAGUAAUAUCUUCUUCAUGUCCUGUAAACGACAGGAGCUAACAACACUAGCAACUGUUGCUAAGGACUUUUCUGAUCAGCAGAUCCAACGACAAUAACAAAUGUAAAGUUUUAAACAUAAAGCUGAAACAUCACAAAGCUAAGAUAAAGCUAUCAUCAAAGAACUUUCAUAUGUAGGCGGAGGCCGCAAAAUAUCAACUUGGGGGCCGCAAAUGGCCCGCGGGCCGCCGUUUCAAAACACUGCUGUCAACCUUUUAUAGCUAAGCUUUAGCUCCAGUAGUUACAUUCCUUCAACCCUUUUCAAGCCUUAACAUGAUCAAGGCGAAUCAACUAGAUCUGUCACUGAUAAAAGCCACUUUGUGCUGGUAUGAAACACUUUCUACUAGCAAUGUGUUGCACACCGGCACAAAGCCGUUUUGCUCUGGGGAUUAGCUGAUCCAUAUUGAUCGUGUAAGGAGUUAUGGUAUGUUGAAGGGCAUAGUAGGUUCUGACAGAGACAUCUGUGUUCUUAAAGGUUUAAAGCUUCAAGUGGAAAAAACACAAAACUGUUUGGGUUGUCAAUUAAAUUAGUAUUUUUAGACAAAAAGGAAAGAAAUGGCAGAACUUCCAACCACCAACUUCCAGUUCAGGUUAAUGAUAUCUUGGCGCCAUCUUGUUGUCAGCAGCCUGGUCCUCUUAGACGCUCCUGCCGCAUGAAUUGCGUUCGGUGUGAACGUAGCUUUAUACAUAUGCACAUGUAAGAGCUUAUACGGCCACCUCAAGGACCAUCUCGAAAUGGUAACAUACUGUGUUGUACACGUGGUAAUUGUAUGGUGAGGUAUUGGUCAUGGAAGUAUCAUGUGAAGCACUAGUGACUGUUCCCGCACACACUCAGUUGUGUUCUUUGACUGUGCUUUUAGCAUGUAGUGUCACACUGAACUGUCGUUACCUGAUACUGGCGUCUGUCCGCCACCAGUUGGAGACAUGGUGCAAAGUCUACCAAAUCUUUCCCAGGCUUUUUCUUUCGCAGAUCUGUUGCGAUAAAUCAGGGGUGUCAAACUCAAGGCCUCGAGGGCCGACGUCCUGCUGGUUUUCCAGAAAUCUUGCCUUAUCCGAAACAGAUUACCUGGAUCAGGUGUGUUUAGCCAAUAAGGAGCUUCUAUGUUAGCUUGAAUAGAAAACAUGCAGGAAACCGGCCCUCGAGGACUUGAGUUUGACACCUGUGCGACAAAUGAAAGACUAGAUGCCAUAUACUUCCAGCUUCUCCUUCAUGAUGAAUUUAGAGACUUAAAAAAGAUGCUGCUCCUGCGUCAUCACCAAAUCCAAGUCAGUGAUCUGGUUUAACUAAAAAAUGUGCAUGUGAACGCACAAGCCUAAAAUGCACUUUCACAGACUUUUGAUUUGAACUGGUAUCCAAACAUCAUGUACACUUUCAGAUCUUCCUUUCUGCCUUUUUUCAGUCCAAUAAUUUAAGUGAGUUUACACGUUUGAAAUCUCUUAAAACAACUAAAAUAGCACAUAACAUUGUUUGUAUUUGAUGACGGGUUCAGUUUAUUUACCUUUUAGAUGAAGUUUUUACUCACUUUGAGUUAACUGGUGGUACUGCCGUUCCCUUCUGCAGCUUCACAAAGUUUUAUUAGCAAAACUGUGUUAUUGCACAGAAAGAACAAAGCAGCACUUGUUAACAUGAACUGUUAACUACGACUGCAGGUGAAACAUUUGGAGGUACGAACAGACUUAGCUUUCGCACUGUAGCGGGAGGCCACAGCACCGGAGUCAUGGUCAAACUGGAUUUCGGUUUUCUACCUUUCAAACACGGACAGUACUGCAUAUGGCCACAUUUGUUUUGACUGAGGCUGAGUUCACUUUACUUUUCCCUUCCAUAAGCAAUCACCUUUUCAUGCAUAAGUCUUUAAAACGUGUUUUUUGUGGGUGAAGCAGGUUAGAAUACCUCCACUUUUUAAAAAGGGACUCCGUGCUGCCAGAGUCACAAAGCCCUUUUCCGGUUGCCAUGGCGACUGUUCUUUUUGACACUGAGCGGUGACGUUGCAGUCAGGAAAUUUGGCAGGAAACCCAACAGGACUUUUCUAUUGUGUGACUUGCUCUCUAAACCUUUGGCUCUUUUCUUCUCCCACCUGUGAAGGAUGAAUAUAUGCAUCAGAGUGAGUCACCUGAAGUGCGUGCUCUUCAUGUCUUUACUGCAAAUGUAUAGAAUUAUUUGUUCUGUUUCAAUAUCUUAUUCAGCAGCACCGGUGGGUCUGGCGAAGUGACUCCUGUGUUUCAUUUGCUCGCAUUUCUGUGUCUUCUCCACGCACUGAAUGCUAACGCUUAAGGAAAAGAGCAUUGUGUUACUAACUGUAACUGUUCCUAAUAAACCUGUAUUCCAUUUU